AUGAAAGCAUAUCAUUUACACGGCUUCAUAAACAUUAAUCUCAACAUAUCCAGGCCUCUGAGGUUUCAGGUCUCCAAGAAACACCGUGCUGACCAACUGGCGGUGUUUCUCAUUGUCUGUAACGAUCCCGAAUCGGGUAUUUGUUCGGGUGUACCGUCGUCCGCUUGGUUAGUAGAACGAGCGACGAGGUGCACUAACCCGGGCUCACCCCAUAUAAUUUGCUUCUCCUAUAAGGCAAGUACAUACGACCAUAGGGUGUGGAGAACAGGGCUUCCCGUCCGCUCAGCCGUACUUAAGCCACACGCCGGCCGGUUAGUAGUUGGGUGGGUGACCACCAGCGAAUCCCGGCUGUUGUAUGUAUUUAUUUCAUUUCAUUUUUUUUUUGCGCUGAACCAGCCUGCGACUCUCAGCUGCUGGGUCUAA